AUGGCGGCUGCGGACGAGGUCGGCUGUGUCUGGCUGGGUCGGAAGCUUUCAGUCACUACCUCUGAGCCGGCUGGGACGCUCCCUUGUUCCGUUCCCGAGCAGGCGCGCGGCGCCGGGACCGUGUCUCCGCUCAGUAGCGCCGAGACGUGGCCGCUCAAGCGAUAUGGCCGCUUUGUCUCCCCGGGAGCCCCACCCUGUGGGGCGGGAGCUUCGGCCUCCUGGAAGGUUUUGGAGUCAAAUGAAGAAUCAGGCCAUCUUAUUCUCACCAUUGUUGUAUCUGGUCAUUUCUUCAUUUCCCAAAGACGGGCAGUACAGGAAGGUUUUUCAUUAAUUGAUGCCCAUAAAUGGUUGAAGAUAGUAAGAAGAGCAGAUUGUCUGUUGUUUGGUUCAAAGUUAAAAAAUGAAUGCCGCAUGUUUCGUAUUCAGUUUGGUGGAGAUUCAAAAGAGCAGGCGCUGGAACACUGCUAUAAUUGUGUGCAGAAACUUAAAGACUAUGUAACAGUUCAGGUAACAGAUGAACAAAACCAAGAGCUGCAUCAAGGUCAUAGUCAGCUGGCUAACAGUGAAAGUCAAGUGAAGGACUUUGAACAAAAUACAUCGAUGCUGCAUGGACCAAGUCACAUUAUAGAUAACCCUCCAGCCCAGUUGUGCACAAGCUUUCCAGAGAGACAGAGAUCCGUGACAGAGCUAGCACAGUCUGUGCUGAAAUCAUCAACAUUUGAGCUCCCCCUUGCAUAUCAGCAUUCCGUGUGGCAUGCUGAAGAAUUAGGGCCUUUUAUUCGCCUAUGUCUCAUGGAUCAGAACUUCCCAGCAUUUGUGGAAGAAGUUGAGACGGAGUUGAAAAAACUGACAGAAGGUUGA